GCACCGUCCCCCACUCGCCGACACCGCUUCUGUCUGGCCCCUCGAGCUGGUCGCUCACCCCUCCAGGAGAACAUGUCGGCCCAGGAGAGCUGCCUCAGCCUCGUCAAAUACUUCCUCUUCGUCUUCAACCUCUUCUUCUUUGUCCUAGGCAGCCUCAUUUUCUGCUUUGGUAUCUGGAUACUCAUCGACAAGACCAGCUUCGUGUCCUUUGUGGGCUUGUCCUUCGUGCCUCUGCAGAUCUGGUCCAAGGUCCUGGCCAUCUCAGGCAUCCUCACCAUGGGCCUCGCCCUCCUGGGCUGCGUGGGGGCCCUCAAGGAGCUGCGCUGUCUUCUGGGCCUGUAUUUUGGGAUGUUGCUGCUCCUGUUCACCACGCAGAUCACCCUGGGAAUUCUCAUCUCCACCCAGCGGGUCCGGCUGGAGCGGAAGGUGCAAGAUGUCGUGCUGGACACCAUUCGGAACUAUCGCGCCGACCCGGAGGAGACCGAGGCCGAGGAGAGCUGGGACUACGUGCAGUUCCAGCUGCGCUGCUGCGGCUGGCAUUCCCCGCAGGACUGGUUCGGGGUCCCCGUCCUGAGAGGCAACGAGUCAGAGGCCCACCGGGUGCCCUGCUCCUGCUACAACUCGUCGGCCACCAACGACUCCACCGCCCUCGACAAGGUCUUCUUCCCUCAGCUCGGCCGGCUCGGGCCGCGGGCACGGCCCAGGCACAACACGGACCUCUGCGUGGUGCAGGCGAACGGCUACAUCUACCGGGAGGGUUGCGCGCAGAGCCUACAGAAGUGGCUGCACAACAACCUCAUUUCCAUCGUGGGCAUUUGCCUGGCCGUCGGUCUACUCGAGCUCGGCUUCAUGACGCUGUCCAUUUUCCUGUGCCGAAACCUGGACCACGUGUACAACAGGCUGGCUCGCCCCAGGCCUCCAGGCCCUGCCUUCCCCAGAGCCCCGCCCCGGCCCUUUCAAGUGUCCUGAGCUCUUCCCCAGCCAGGUCUCAGCCCCAGUGCCCCCCAGGCUGUCAGCCUUGCGCCACUUCAAUGCCCUUGGGGCCCAGGUGUCGCCCCACACCGCUGCCACGUCUCCCUCGGGACCCGGGGCUUCCUGCCCCCUCCAUUUCUUUGCCUCAUCUCGUCAGCUUCCCACAAGACUAUUUUUUACCCAAGCUUCAAAUAAAUCCCCUUGCG